AGGAGCCAGGUGAUGGAGAGAUGUUUUUUUCUUUUUCUUAUGCUGUUUUUUACAGCAGCAGAAUUGACGGUAUCACAGUAUGAGUGCACUAAAUGCUGAUUUCCCAUCUAUACAUAAAACUGCUUUACGUUCCAGCAAAUGUAAUCCACAUCACUCAGUUCCAAUAUAUGUUAUAUUCAUAACAUUGAUGUAUAAUAAAAACCAUACAUAUUGUGUUUGAUUUGAGACAGGCGUGUGCAUCUAUCCAUCCAUACAGCCCAGUUGAAAACGUAUACAGUGUGUGUAUGGCUGUGUAUUUCUCCUCAGCUGCUAUGCUCCUUAACCCCAGUCCUGUUAAUACGUGGUUCGAGAGGAUUAGCAUCAUGGUGAUCCUGCUCAACUGCGUGACACUGGGCAUGUACCAGCCCUGUGAGAACAUCGACUGCACCUCGGACCGCUGCCAGAUACUGCAGGCCUUUGAUGCAUUCAUCUACAUCUUCUUUGCAUUGGAGAUGGUGGUAAAGAUGGUGGCUCUUGGGAUCUUUGGCCGUCGCUGUUACCUGGGAGACACCUGGAACAGGCUGGACUUCUUUAUCGUCAUGGCUGGGAUGGUAGAGUACUCACUGGACCUGCAGAACAUCAACCUGUCGGCCAUUCGGACAGUGCGGGUCCUUCGGCCACUCAAAGCCAUCAACAGAGUGCCAAGUAUGCGUAUCCUGGUGAACCUGCUGCUAGACACUCUACCCAUGCUAGGCAAUGUGCUGCUGCUCUGCUUCUUCGUCUUCUUCAUCUUUGGCAUCAUCGGCGUGCAGCUGUGGGCGGGGCUACUGAGGAAUCGCUGCUACCUGGAGGAGAACUUCACCCUCUCUUCAGGUAUGACCCCACCUGCUCCGUACUACCAGCCUGAGGAGAAUGAUGAACGCCCCUUCAUCUGCUCCCUGGCAUCUGAUAAUGGCAUCAUGUCAUGUGCUGAUGUGCCGGCAAGACGCGAAGGAGGACGCACAUGCUGCAUGGACAGGGAGGACGCGCUCCACAGACAGGCUCUGGGCUUGAGUCCUGAGCCACUGGCUAACGGUAGUGGUGCCGGUGAAGCAGUGGGUCUUUGCAUCAACUGGAACCAGUAUUACACUCGAUGCCACACAGGAAGUGGUAACCCCCACAAAGGUGCCAUCAACUUUGACAACAUUGUCUACGCCUGGAUCGUGAUCUUUCAGGUGAUCACUCUGGAGGGCUGGGUGGAGAUCAUGUAUUAUGUAAUGGAUGCCCAUUCCUUCUACAACUUCAUCUACUUCAUUUUACUCAUCAUUAUUGGUUCAUUCUUCAUGAUCAACCUGUGCCUGGUAGUUAUUGCCACCCAGUUCUCGGAGACCAAACAGCGGGAACACCAGCUGAUGCAGGAGCAAAGGGCGCAGUGUCUGUCCUCCUCCACCCUGGCCAGCAUGGCUGAGCCGGGAGAUUGCUACGAGGAGAUAUUCCAGCUGGUUUGCCAUGUCCUUCGCAAGGCCAAGAGGAGAUCGGCAGCUCUCUACUACACUCUGAGGGGCAAACCCCCACCACCUGGUGGAGGCAGGGGUUACAGGCGUGGUGGAGGGAAUGUGAACGGAGAGCGGCAUCAUUCCAGGCACCCAAAAACAUCCCACUGUCCGCACCAGAGCAAGCAAGACCACAGCUCUCAGCCACUAGCCAACUCCAUCAGUCUGCCUGUCCCUCAGAACCCUGAGGACUGCCCUAUAUGUGCAUUAUCACUGAAAGAGGGGACGAGGGCUGUGGGAGACUCCGCCAACAGGGAGGAAGAUAAUGAGGAUGCAGUGAAAGAGACGGGCAAGGAGGAGAACCAUCUAGAGGAGAGGGGAGAUGGAGAGAGGAAGAGGAAGAGGACAUGCUUUGGACAUUGUAAAGACAUUUGGAAUGAUAUGAGGAGGAAACUGUGGGGCAUUGUAGAGAGCAAGUACUUCAGCAGGGGCAUUAUGAUCGCUAUUCUCAUCAAUACCAUCAGUAUGGGCAUCGAGCAUCAUAACCAGCCCGAAGAGCUGACCAAUGUCCUGGAGAUCUGCAACAUUGUCUUCACCAGCAUGUUCACCUUGGAGAUGGUGCUCAAGCUGACUGCUUUUGGCUUCUUUGAGUACCUGAGGAACCCCUAUAACAUCUUUGAUGGCAUUAUUGUCAUCAUCAGUGUGUGUGAGAUCAUCGGCCAGGCAGACGGCGGCCUGUCAGUGCUGAGGACCUUCAGGCUGCUGAGGGUCAUUAAGCUGGUGAGGUUCAUGCCUGCGCUGAGGCGGCAGCUGGUGGUGCUGAUGAAGACUAUGGACAACGUGGCCACUUUCUGUAUGCUGCUUAUGCUCUUCAUCUUUAUCUUCAGUAUCCUGGGGAUGCACAUCUUUGGUUGUAAGUUCAGUCUGAAGACAGAGGCUGGAGACACAGUGCCUGACAGGAAGAACUUUGACUCCCUGCUCUGGGCCAUUGUCACGGUCUUCCAGAUUCUGACUCAGGAGGACUGGAACAUGGUUCUGUACAAUGGGAUGGCAUCCACCUCGCCCUUUGCGGCUCUCUACUUCGUAGCUCUUAUGACAUUUGGAAACUAUGUGCUCUUCAAUUUACUGGUGGCCAUCUUGGUUGAGGGUUUCCAGGCUGAGGGUGAUGCAAACCGCUCUUACUCGGACGAUGACAGGUCUUCCUGUAAUUUUGAGGAGAAUGAUAAGCAGAAAGACUCUCUGCAUCUCUCAGACCCAAAGAUCUGUACAUUAACCCCUAAUGGGCACCUGGACUUGUCCCCACUGCCCCAUGGACUGUUUCCAGGAGAAAGGUUGACCUUUGCUCUUGGUUCCAGGAGGAACAGUGUUAUUUCUCUUGGCAGGGCCAACUUGGAGCAGAGGGCUAUGUAUCCAGGUCGAAGUUACCACAACUGGGGCCGCCCUCUGCCUACCCAGCCUCAGGCCUUGUGGGCCCGUCGUUCCAGCUGGAACAGCCUGGGGGGAUGCCGCCCCUGCUCCUCCUCUUCUCCCUCCGCUAGUCCAGCCUUCACCCCCACCUCUGCAAGGCCCUUCUAUGGCUAUGGCCUGGGGGGUCUUGGCGGAGUAGUCGGAGGAAGCCUUCGUAUCCGGGGUCCCCGUGCCUCUUCAUCCCCGCACCGUCAUCUCCAUCAUGUCCACCCGGAUGAGGAGGAGUCUCUCCUCUCUCCUCCCGCUGUUGCUCCACGUUCUCUUCACCUUCCCCACCCUAUGCUCCCGGGCCACUUUGUACCCAGGAGGGACCGCAGAGCUCUAUCACUAGAGCUGCCCCACCUACUGCAGGUCCCAGGACCCCCGCACCCUCCACUGCCACCACACCACCCGCUGCCCUCUAUUACACUCCAUGCUCAUCACAGGAAGAAGAGCUUCUCUGGGGGGAUGGUAAUCAGUGGAGGUGGUGUUGGUGGGCUCGACAGUCUGGGUGGCUUAGGAGGGGUACACCAAGACUGUAAUGGGAAAACUCCUCUGUCUCAGCAUCUCCAGCCCCCUCCUAGACACCACACUGAGCACUCUGGAGGGGCGAACCCCCAGAGCCAACUGAUGGCCGACGUCUUCCCCCAGGUUAACACACGCAGCAAGGACCGGGAGGACCUGGACGAUGACAUUGAAUAUAGCUUGUGCUUCCGCAUCCAGAAGAUGUUAGAAGCGUACAAACCAGACUGGUGUGAGAGCAGAGAAGACUGGUCCGUCUUCCUAUUCUCCCCACGGAACAAGUUCAGACAGAUAUGCCAGUCCAUCAUAGCCCAUAAGCUGUUUGACUAUGUGGUGUUGGCCUUCAUCUUCUCCAACUGCAUUACAGUAGCUCUGGAGAGGCCCAAAAUACUACAGGGCAGCUUGGAAAGAGUCUUUCUCACCAUCUCCAACUACAUCUUUACUGCCAUCUUUGUGAGCGAGAUGACACUUAAGGUGGUUUCCAUGGGUUUGUAUGUGGGUGAGCAGGCUUAUCUGCGGAGCAGCUGGAACAUUCUGGAUGGCUUCUUGGUUUUUGUGUCUUUGAUUGACAUUGUCGUGUCCAUGGCGGGUGGGGCCAAGAUCCUUGGUGUGCUUCGAGUCCUCAGGCUGCUCAGAACUUUGCGUCCCCUCAGGGUGAUUAGCAGAGCUCCAGGUCUAAAGCUGGUAGUGGAGACACUCAUCACCUCCCUCAAACCCAUUGGCAACAUUGUUCUCAUCUGUUGUGCAUUCUUUAUCAUCUUUGGCAUUCUUGGGGUACAGCUGUUUAAAGGCAAGUUCUUCUACUGCUUCGGCCCUGACGUGAAAAACAUCACCAACAAGUCUGAUUGCCUGCAAGCCAGCUACAAGUGGGUCCACCAUAAGUACAACUUUGACAACCUGGGGCAGGCUCUGAUGUCUCUGUUUGUGCUCGCCUCUAAGGACGGCUGGGUCAACAUUAUGUAUCAUGGCCUGGAUGCUGUGGCUGUGGACCAACAGCCGGUGACCAACAACAACCCGUGGAUGCUGCUGUAUUUCAUCUCCUUCCUCCUCAUCGUCAGCUUCUUCGUACUCAACAUGUUUGUUGGCGUUGUGGUGGAGAACUUCCACAAGUGUCGCCAGCAUCAGGAAGUGGAGGAGGCCAAAAGGCGUGAGGAGAAGCGUCAGCGGCGCAUGGAAAAGAAGAGGAGAAAAGCCCAGAAGCUGCCCUACUUUGCCAGCUAUGGCAAUAUACGCCUGAUGAUCCACACACUGUGCACAAACCACUACCUGGACCUCAUCAUCACCUUCAUCAUCUGCAUCAAUGUCAUCACCAUGUCCUUAGAGCACUUCAAUCAACCUCAUUCUCUGGAUCUCGCCCUGAAGUACUGCAACUAUUUCUUCACCUCCAUGUUUGUGCUGGAAUCAGUGCUCAAACUCAUCGCCUUCGGCUUUCGCCGCUUCUUCAAAGAGAGAUGGAACCAGUUGGACCUCGCCAUUGUGCUUCUGUCAGUGAUGGGGAUCACCCUCGAGGAGAUCGAGAUCAGUGCUGCCCUGCCCAUCAAUCCCACAAUCAUCAGGAUCAUGAGAGUACUGAGGAUAGCACGAGUGCUGAAGCUGCUGAAGAUGGCGACAGGAAUGAGAGCCCUGUUGGAUACAGUGGUCCAAGCCCUGCCUCAGGUGGGUAACCUGGGCCUGCUCUUCAUGCUGCUGUUUUUCAUCUACGCCGCCUUAGGAGUAGAGCUAUUUGGAGAACUUGUUUGCAAUGAAGACUACCCAUGUGAGGGAAUGAGUCGUCACGCUACCUUUGAGAACUUUGGCAUGGCUUUCCUUACCUUGUUUCAAGUCUCCACGGGCGACAACUGGAAUGGCAUCAUGAAGGACACAUUGCGGGAGUGCCCACCAGACCAUAGCACUGAUGUGGACUAUGCCUGCAAUCCUAGCCUUCAGUUUAUCUCGCCCAUGUACUUUGUCUCCUUCGUGCUCACCGCCCAGUUUGUGCUCAUCAAUGUGGUGGUGGCCGUGCUGAUGAAGCACCUGGACGACUCCAACAAGGAGGCCCAAGAGGAGGCGGAGAUGGAUGCAGAAAUUGAGCUGGAGCUGGCCCAGGGCACCCUCUGUUGCAUGGGCGCCCCCAGCUGCGGGGGUGGGAGGGUGGAGAAAGGACUAGUCGCUGCUGGACCUGGAGGCACAGCAGGGGGGAGGGAUAGAGGAGGUCCGAUUGGAGAGAGGGGAGAAGGAGUGAGGAAGAUGCGACAUUCAACAGGCAGUGUGCACCCAGGAGCGUACAGCUCCCAUGACUCCAGCCGGACCCUAUACUCACCAGCACAAGAGAGCCAAUGGCUGGACAGCGUAUCUCUCCUGAUCAAGGAUACAUUGGAGGGGGAGAUGCUGAUGAUCGACAACCUCUCCGGUUCUGUCUUCCACCACUAUUCCUCUCCUCCACCCAUCUGCAAAGAUUGCAGGGGCCACCCACAAGAGCAGAUCAAAAUGGCAGAGAUUGAGCAGGCAUCGCUGAAGUCAGAGCAACUGUCAGACAAGUCCUCAUCCCCCACCCUGCCAGAUGACCUCAGCCUGGACGAACAUACUGCCUACCAGCUGCUGGUGAGAGAGGGCAAGGGAAGGUGCAGCAGUGACUCCCGCAGCUCUGAGGAGGCUGGAGGUGGAGGGAGUCAUGCAGGAGGCCACCAGACUCAAACCGUGGUGCAGAGUCAGGUGCAGGGGUUGGGCCAGCCCUGCCGGGCCCUGAGCACUGGCAUUGAGGUGGAGACUGCACUACAGGAGAUGGAGAUGCAAACACAGCAACCACAUAUGCGUUCACCUCACUGUAGCCCUGAGUUCUUCCACCCUGCAGGAGCAGCCAUCCCAGCACCUCACCGCAGUAGGAGCUUACGGUUGUCGAGGGGCCUUAGACUGACCUCCCCAGACUCCUGGGCUUCACUCCGCUCCCCAGGAGCCCAUAGCAAGAUGCUCUGUACACAGUGUCCAUCCCAUAGUGACUCAUCCCUUGCUACAGGCAGCUCUGAGGGCAGCCUCCAGACCACCCUGGAAGAGGGACUGAGCUUUAGCAUCUCUCCACCACAGAACUUGGAGUUGCCUUUGCCGACAGCUCCCUUACCACUUGUGUGCCCGCUCCCGCUACCUGAAGACGGCACUGCCAUCUCCUCCCCAGUUCAGACCCUGAGACCAAGGCCGAGCCCCUCAUCAGCCCUCACCCUCCAGGCCACCAGGGGCCACCAGCGGAGCCAGAGCAGUGGCCGAGGAAGCACCAGCCCGGGCUACACCCGUGACGACUCAAUUGACCCUUCGGACGAGGACCUGGGCAUAGGUAUUGGAUCGUCAAUUGGUGGCUGUGGCUCCAGCCAAGCGGGCAACAGUGAACACUUGUCAGAGACAUUAAGCAGCUUGUCGCUGACAUCACUGCUGUCGCCCAGCUCCCUGGUGUACCCGGGAGGAGCAGUGAAGAAGUGCAACAGCACAGGCAGCCUGGACCAAGGGGGGAUGCUGCUGUCAUCCCGGGGCAGGGAGGGCCGCAGGGAGAUUCUGGGCUUGGAGCUUAUGGACCCUCAAGGCUUCUUGGCCAACCCCUGGACAGGGGUAUUAGUUGAUACAAGAAGAGGAGAAGGAAGAGUGGAAAUAGGAGAUGGUGAGCAAGGGUUUAAAGGGAAGAGCUCAAGCCAAACAACAGUAGGGCCUUGUCGGAAAAACAGAUGAAACCUACCCACUCUUUCUUUGUCUCUCCAUUCCUUGGAUCUUAACCCAUAGCUGUCCCUCUCACUCUCUCUGCUUCCAUCAGUGAGAGAGAGGCUUGAUGACACAUGAUGUCCCGUAUUCCAAGUCCAAACCCUCAUUUUUCCCCUCAACCCUUUUUGAUACAUUUGUGACAAGCCCAUGUCCUAUUUUGUGCUAGCUAGGGGAGUGGUCUUGGGUAUAGACUGCUGGUGAGGAAGUGGCCCGCAGAGUUAAGGGCUGAAGAUAAAUCCUUAAACACUCUUAGGGGCUGUACCUGUAGGGGAGGACAUGGAAGGUUCUGCUCACAUUGGAAGACCAGGAGGCCCAUUCAUAUCAGGGAGUCAAUAGAAGCAGAGACAAAAGGGCGAAAACUUAAAGACACAAGAAAGAGUCUCGUUGUUGCUCUACUGUUUCCUUUUCCCCGUGUCGGCUUGGGUUCACUGAGGCUGGAAAUGCAAAAAUAGAAGUACCCAAACUGAAAUAGCUAUACAUGCCAACAGAGACUGUUUUGAAUCGUUUUUGUCUCAGAGGCAGUGCAGCGAGUAAGUGGGAGGAGGCACGGAAAUGGCGGAAUAUAUUAAGGCGGAAGGAAGGCUGGGAAAGGAGCAGGCAAGUCAUUUGUUUGGCUCGGAAAGCAGAAAGCGGAUCUAAUGUCCAUCUGUUCUGGCAGACGGAAACAACACAGGUCCUACUCACUCUGGCACAGGACCUUCUGCUGAGUUCAGAGUAAAAUGCAAGGUGGAGGAGAGUUCAAGAGUUUGUGCUCAUAGUGUGUGUGUGAGAGCACUGCCUCAGGUCCAUCCAAGGCAUGAAUUAAAUAAUUCUUAUCACUUCACCAUACCUCUGUGUUUUUGAAACAGGAGAUAGGUAUUGUCUGAUCAAAGCUCUGUGCCUCUGUCAACUGAGUCUUGAGUGGCAGCAGAAAAUGAAAAGAAAUUGACAGACUGCAGCGGUGUAACGUGCAUGGAGUGAUUCGUGAAAUUGGUUCUUUUUUUAUUUCUAUCUCCAGUAUCUUUCACUCAUUCAGAUAUGAAGAAAUAAGUAUGAAAGAGAGCUAGUUUGGAUAGAGCUUUACAAACCCCAUCAGAAGAAACAAAGAUGUGUGCAUGGGGCAGCCUUGUUUGUGCACCAAAACAUGGUUCACAGCUACUUAUAAAUAAAGUGAGACUUCAAGCACACUCCUUUUGACACCACUUCCUCCCACCAUGCUUUAGGAUCUGUGAUGAAUGGACAAACCCACAAGAGUUGCGAGGGACCUUGACUGCAUGAUGGAAUUGCAUUUAACCAAGUUUUUUUAAUCUGUAUACAGAAGUGUAUCAAGAUGUCAAUGUUGGGUAAUAACCAUGUGAUUUCUAUCCCACUAUUUUUGUAGAAAAGAGAUAGGCACAUGCAAGUGUUGCCGUUACUUUGUCCCUAUUUCAUUCAACUCAUACGAUCUCUUUGACUUGUUGUCUAGGACUUUUUGUCUGCCAGUGGCUUCCAGUUUUAUAACAUUUUUUAAGGUGUGGACAGUGUAUAAAACAACGAAGCAAAAAAAAUUUGUGCGCUGAAGUGAUUGUUCCCUCCAGCAAAUUUAUCUUUGGGAACACUGUUUCCUCAUGAUUUUUUUUUUCAAAUGUUGGAGUCCCAUGGGACAACCAGAGAUGAGAAGAGCCAUAUUCACUCAGCACAUGAGGAUCGUUCUAGCUCAUAGACAUUCCUGCUGGCUGCACACAGGCAACUUUGUUUGCUUUUAGCCUCCUAUGCUAAAAAACAUGAAUAGCGUAAACCAUCUCUACGACAACUUUAAUUUGAGAAUUACACCACAACAUAUCGAUUAUGGACACAUUAGUGUUCCUUAAGCAUGGUUUUGGGAUUGCAAUAUAGUAUGCUUUUUCUUGAAAUGACACCCUGAUGCACUCAUCUUCUCUUCCCCAUCUCUUCGCACAUACAGUAUGUUGUAGCAACCCCUUCACACACACACACACACACACACACACACACACACACACACACACCAGUUUGAUAUUCAGCUGACACUAACAAUGAACAAAACUUUGCAUAUUUUAAUGCAAGCUUAUUUUGGCUUUUGCCACUUGAUUAACUACUUCAUCCAAAAAUAAAAUGCUCAUCUUUAAGUCUGAUUUCUGGAGGUUGACUGUUGUAUCCCCAGUGUUUUGAUCAUUACCUUACUUUUUUAAUUUCUAAAAAGAAUGAGAUGAUGUUAGAAAAUUUGAGGGUUUGACCUUUUUAUCAUGCAAAAUCACUUUGAUGACUAUGUUUAAUCACAUGGUGUUGGGUAUUAAUGAGUGAUAGUAAAGACAGUUGUGUGUGAGUUUAUGCUUGUAUGUGUGUGUGUGUGUGUGUGUGUGUGUGUGUGUGUGUGUGUGUGUGUGUGUGUGUGUGUGUGUGUGUGUGUGUGUGUGUGUGUGUGUUUAUGACUUCAGGUGAAGUGAAUGCCUUUUCCUGAAUUUACCUGUUUGUCAGUAAGGAUACCUGAGGUUAAAGGUUGAAGAGGGAAAACAUGAAGCAACAAAGGGCUGUUUUAGCUUCAAAGAUAUAUCCUUCUGUCUUUCUGAGACAAAUCCUUGUGUCAAUGAAGAUGGCAUCAAAGGGUAAAGCCUGACUACGCAGCAAUAAAUGUUCUAUGUGUAUGCCCUGAGUAAAUGAUGUCAAUGUUUUUAUCUCCUCAAAAUACAACAGUAUUCAUUACUGUCUGUUUUUUGCUUCUACUUGUCUGAACUUACAACCAAUCAGAUUGCACCUCUGCCCUCUCGGAGACCGAUCGGUAGAGAGAUAGGCUGCAAUUGGACGACAAUAACAAAUGAGGUUAUUGAACUCAGGUCGGGGGGUAACAACCACUGGUAACAUUUAAAGAUAGCUGUAAAGGUGUGCUCAAAUUGAGCUCGGAGCAAAUUUUCACCAGGCUUUAUUCGCACAAAUUUGACUGCUGGCAGCCAAUGCACCCCACUCCAGAUGUUAGCUUUAACUACCUAACAAUGUGUGUGUGAGCAGCAGUGUGCCUUUGUACUGUGUGUGUGUGUGUGUGUGUGUGUGUGUGUGUGUGUGUGUGUGUGUGCGUGUGCGUGUGAGAAUCUCUGAAUCAGUCUCUAUAUGUUCAUGAAGUACAAUAUGAGUACAAUAGCCUACAUUGAAUUUGUAUGCAAACGUGCCGACUCCUAAAUUUGCUUUGCCUUCAGUCUGAACACACCUUAAGGGUGUACAAUUCACAUUUGUACAUAUCUUUGUAUUUUGAUCUGCAUGUGUGCAUUGCUGCCAGUGACCAUGAUUAUAUCAUUAUUAUGCAUUUCAUAAAAAUGUACAAAGUU